ACUUUAUGGCCAUGUUAUAAAUAAGUGGACCGACAGAUCAAAGUCUGGCAUACUUUGUAGACGGGAUUCAAUAGUGAGUACAUAUUUUACACGUGGAGUUUCUUAAGUUUGAACAUGUAGCAACUAGAAGAAUAUAAUGAUUACUAUUUAAAUAAUAUUUUGAUAAUAAAAAUUGAUUGAAAACAGAUUCAUUUCCAUUAUAGCGUGUUAUUGCUAAAAAUAAUAAAUAAGACUGGUUAGAUUACAGCGAUGAGAAAUUUAAAAGUCAUAAUUUCCUUAACCUGCACCUUCUCUCCUGGUCUCAACUCUUAGAUGUGGUCUAGUGUGGCAUUAGCUGCAUGCAGCGUUCUUUGUCUCUUGUUCCACUUGGAGAUGACUAGCGCUGCAGUGCCAGUUUGGAGCAGAGCAGUGAUGUUGAGAACCCUCGGCGUUAAUGCACAGAGCCCCGUAGAAGAACAGUCAGUGAAUUUUUAUCUCUAUACAGUUGGCUCGCAUACAUUUAUACGGGGAGAGAAAGGACGCCCUCCAUUGAACAGGAGUCAUUUAAAAAAAUCCAUCAUAAAAAAGUUUGAAUGAAUACAUAACAGCUGCUAAUUUAAAAAAAAAUAUUACAACUAUUCAUUUUACUCACUUCAAAAAUAAUCAUAACAGUGGGGCUUACUAAUAACACAUCCUUUUGUCGUGAAUGCUACCUCAAAAAUAAACACAUACAAUUUACUGACAAAUUCAGUAAAUCUUCACAAUAUGUACUAAAAAAAAUUAAAAUUAACGGACACAUUUUUAAAGUUAACUUUUUUUACCAAAGUUUUAUGGACUGUCCUAAAUUUACUCUGGUUUUAAUAAUAAAAUUAUUUUUUAUAAAAUGUAAAUUAUUUUUAAAAAAUUGUGCUUUAUUUUGGUUGCAGGAAAGAUAUCAAUACACUUGCUUAUCAACUAUGCAACAGAAAUUAUUCUUUCUCGAUUCUGUGUGUACAAAAAGUGAACCAAACUCAAUCAAUACCAAGAAAUGAAACUCAAGAUCGCCAACUUCCGACAAAUUUAACACUUAGUUCUCCAGCAACAACAUUGCUGUCAGCCACCGGGACACUACCAACAACAGCACCUACGACAUCAUUGCCAUCAACAACACGGACACAACCAUCAACACCGCCUACAACAUCAUUGCCAUCAACAACGCGGAGACCGCUGCCAACGCCAUCCAAUACAUCAUUGACGUCAAGCACAGGGACACAAUCACCAACAUCAUUGGUUUAUUCGGAUCUACCGCAGAGUUAUGCCCCCGCUUUCAUGACAGUGGAUCAACUUGUAAAUAAUGCAAGUAAGUUAUUAGAUGGGGGAAAACAAUUAAUAAAACGAUUUUUUUAAAGUUAUUCUCUUUCCAUUAUAGUGUGGUGUUUGCUUCAGCCCUUGUUACAUGAUAACUCUGUAGAUGGGUAAAUUGUAGGUGUAAUAGAAUAAUAUAAGCUUUCACUGUCCGAAAAUGUGGAGCAAUUUUCUUGAAUGUGACCCGUCCUAAUUGUUUCAGUGAUCGAAUAUAAUCAGUUGUAUAAGGGAAAAUGAUUUUCAAAAUUGUUAAAGAGAUGGAACCCACACCAUUCGUGUUUAAUUUUUUUUUAUUUGACCAGCCACAGCGUCCUCUUCUUAAGUACAUAUUUUAAGGUUUUUCCCUUACUAUUUAUUCGAGCUACUAGUUAGUAGCAGAGAUGAUCAUUCAUGAACGACUUCAAGAUGUUAUUGCUCAUUAUUUUGAAAGAAGUCAAUUAAAGACCCGCUAAAUUUUGAUGGUUGAACAUUGCUCACAAAUAAUCUUCUUCGCAGAAUUUCAACUUUUUAAUAGUGUUGUUCAAAAUGGAAAGGAGUGGGGUGGAUUGCUAAAUCAUGUUUCGAAAUUAUAAUUUAAGCGUGGAAAUUGUUGUAAAAGUAAUAGAUAGUGUUUAUUUCAUCUUUUAAUUUUGAAAAUAGUAAGAGGAUGAUUUGAUUUAAAACUUUAUAGCUUAUUAUUCAAAGAGGCUUUAGGGAAAAAAAAAUAGUUUAUAUGAAGAGCCGAUGUUUAAAGAUUCAGCAAGAAUAAAUCAUACGUUACUCCCAAUACCUCAGAUCUAACUUUACCCCCGGGACCAAACUCUGGAAAUACUCUGGUGGUCUUCUCCAACCAAACGAGGCGGGACUUUGACGCCGACGCUCUGAAGGCUGUGGAGUCCAUCCUGACAGCAAUAGUGCCUGGGACAUAUCGGACUAUAACCUACACUAACGGCUGUUGUCCUGUGUGAGAAUGACUUUUUUUAAAAAUAAAAUUAAUCUGCUGGAUACGUUGGACACACCUACCCAUUUUAUUUUAACAUGCGGGGAUAAAAAACUAUACUGAUUAUUGUCAAAGUUACAGAAACUACAACUACGCCGUGGUCGUAGAACGAUCAUGAAACUGGGUGAUCCAAGGAACACCCCCCCCCCCCCAGUGUUAAAUAAAUGUUAUUUAGGAAUGUUCACUUUCGUGUAAGUUGCCAGUAAAAAAUAAUUCCUAUAUCUAGCUCCUAAGAGUCCAGUCGCUAAGUUUCACUUCUAUUUCAGGUUACGUUUUUUUGCUGCCAAUGAAACAAUGAAGAACAUCAAUGGAGUCGACAAAAGAUUGGUUCAUUUUACCACCGCAAGUCCUCCAAAAUAUCAAUUCAUACAGCACGGUUUCUGUGCGUAAGUGCAGAGUUAAUUUCAAAUGGCUUUAAUUUCGUUAAAUGCGAUAUUAGAAUAGAUCUAAUAUUAUUUUGUUGGAAGGUGUAGAUUUUAAAAUGAUUAUUAAUUCAAUUCAAGAUGAACUUUAUAAAAAUGAAGGCGAUCUGUUUAGGUAAGGAGAGAUAAAAAUCCUCUAAUUUAUGAAACAAUAUCCUGCUAUAUUUUAACAAAUUUUAAAUGUUUAAAAAAAAAUUAUAAUUCACUUUUUAUUUCAUAAUAUAAUCAACGAAGUUAAAUUUUAAAGAUUUUAAGAGAGCUUAUCAAUUUCAAUAGUUCAACUCAUUACCUUAUAACCUAUAUUUGUAAUUGGUUUAUUAAAAAGUGUCAGCCAAAGGCGCGGAACCUUAAAGUUAAAACAGAUAAUAGAUAUCUCAUUUCAAUAUGAUACUUGUGUACUGAAAAAGAAUCUACUGACUAAUCCUUCAGAUUCUUGCUGUUAGCAGUUGGCGCAAACUCUAACGUUAUAGGACAUCGCUAGGAUGAGCUGCCCCCGGGGCGGGGCCUGAAAAUGGCGCCCAGCAAAUGAAAAAUGAUAUUCACAUACUAUACAGGCCUAUAUUCAUAUAGAAGGAUAAUUUAAUAUUUUGACGCAACACCGAGACUGGUAGUUGGGGUUGCAAUCCCUUUCGCCCCACCCCCUUUUUUUUCCGCACGACCACGAUUAACGUGCCGUUCAAGUUUUUUUUUUCUGAAUGAAAACUUUGCAAUAUCCGCGAUCAGUUAUCAUAGUAAAAUUAAUUUUAAACGGACAACCAAUGUAAUACUUUAUGUAAACUUGGAUUUGCAAUGAAUUGGAUUAAAAUAUAAAAUACAAUUUUAAAGAACUUGUGUUAAACGCGAGCAUUCCUAACAAGCAAUAUAACAAUAAAUGUAACUGUUUAUUAGAAUUGUUUAUGUUAAAUCUUGUCCUCAAUUACCAUUCACUGGUUUUGUUCCAGGCAGAGCUCCUACUCCACGAAUGGCCACUGCAUCCAGGGAUGGGUGACCAUGACCUUGUUGGUUUACGACCUUGACCUGUACCCACCUAUUACCUUUGACAUAUUCAACGUGCCAUCUUUCUGCAACUGCGUCCAUUAUUGAGGACAGCUCCGGUUAAACCACAUAGUGUAUGAAUAACUGGUGUCUUCUUGCUGCGUCUUUGACUAGUAACAUUUCAGUUAAAGCUAGUGUAACAUGUAAUUAAACAACCCCUAAAACAAUGUUUUUCGUACACAUCCUUUAGAUUCCUUUUUAUUAUUUUAUUUUCAUAUUAACAUUCUUAUGUACCACCCGAUUUUUCAUCACGGAUUUAUUUCACCAACUAUUUCAGAAAAUCAAAUGAAAAUAUUACGCACCAAGCUUGCAAUAUUAAAAAAAAAAAAAAAAAGAAUAUCAUUAGCGCAGUUAUAGGGACUUUUAUUUCGUCCCCUUGAAAGACAGGAAAAAUAGAUUUUGGGGGUUUGGGAAAAAAAACAAAAGAAAAAAAUACGCACCAAGCUUGCAAAAAUAAAAAAAAAAAAAAAAAGAAUAUCAUUAGCGCAGUUAUAGGGACUUUUAUUUCGUCCCCUUGAAAGACAGGAAAAAUAGAUUUUGGGGGUUUGGGGAGCAGCUAAAAAUUGUAUAGAAUGUGUUGUCAUCGGCAUCGAGUCUAUGUGCCCAGUUUCAGCUCGACGGGUUGACCGAAAGUGAGUCAAUUAGCAGUCCGAAUAUUUUUCCACCCAUCCAGAAACACACGAAAAAAAAAGUGAAGUUAAUAUGAAGGCUUAAAAAAAUUACGUUCACUAGUUUUGGCUUAACUUAGAACUACAAAGCAAAAUAGGAAAAUGUUCUUAAAAUAAAUUCAUGUAUACAGCUUUUACUUUCAAUAUAUACAUGUUUAUUAGUUUAUGUCACAUCUUUAUAAGCGUUUUGAUAAAAAAAAUAAGAAAAUACAUGAUAUAAUGUGUAAAGAAUUAAAGAGUAAGUUUAUAUCUAAAAUUUCACAGACUGGCCACCACCCUCCUUUGCUGUAAAAAAAAAAGGCUAGAGGCACUCAUGGCGUUGACGCAUGGUCUAUCCCCUCCGUCACACUUCACCCUCAACGCGCAUGCGCUGACAGCUCCAAUUUAGUUCAUAACCGCAGACGAAAAUUUGUACGAAAUAAAUUAGUUCAAAGGAAAAUUGUUCGACUGAAGUGGCUUCGAACGCAUGUUUGUUAGAAAUUUCGUUUUUAAACUGAGAUCUAUUAUUAUUUUUUAAAUGUUUUUUUUUUUAAAGGAAAAUGCGAGUGGGAUUUGGAGAAAAAAAAUGUCCACUUUCUAAAAAAAUAUUUUUGAUGUUGUUCCCCAUUUAUUUUAUCGUGAACAAACUUCUGAUUGAGCUAAUUUCAGCAUGAACGAAUUUCUUCAUCACAAAUUUGCGGUAAUCGUUCACAGCAGUUUUCAGAGUUUUUUUUUUCUAAUGCCUCAGACCAUUGGCAAGGUCUGAGGUUUGAUUCUUUAUUCGAGUUGGGAGAUGCUUCAUCGCUGUAUGCCAUGGAACGUGUUUUUUACGUGUGAUGGAGGAGAUAUGUCAUAGGAUUAUGCAGAGCCGGUAAAUACCAGAUAUGGCAUUAAAAAAACCAAAAAAACAACUUACAGGUCCGCUUUCGUAUUCUAAAUUAAACUGUUCUUUUGUUGUUUCGAUCACGUCAUUAAAACUGAUAACAACAUGUGU